AUGAUAAUCUGCUCUUGGAACAUACGAGGACUUAAUCAGUACUACAAAAUAAAGGAGUUAGAUAGUUUUUUAAAGAAGAAUAAAAUUGACUUGGUGGGCUACUACGAAACCAGAGUCAAGGUUAAUAAGGCUAGUAAAAUUCAAUGGAAAUUUGGGCACGAGUGGGUCUUUAUCACCAACUAUAACUAUGCUGAGAAUGGACGGAUAUGGGUGGGCUGGAAAACUGCAAAGGUGGAUGUACAGGCAGUCUACACUAACGAACAGGUGAUACACUGUCAAGUGCAGGACAAAAAUACCACGUUUAGCAGCUAUAUCACUUUUGUAUAUGGCAAGCACACCGUGGCAGAUAGGAGACCACUAUGGGAGCAGCUAAGAGAGAUCAAAGGCACCAUAAACACCCCCUGGCUUAUCCUUGGUGACUUUAACAACAUAUUACAUGUGGAAGAUAGGCUAAAUGGUGCCCCUGUUCAUCAUAUAGAAAUGCAAGACUUUCAACAAUGUCUAGAUGACAUUGAAGUGGGGCAGCUUACAUACACUGCAAUAGGUACGGUCUAUAUGCCACCUGAAUGCUCGGACCAUGCCCCAAUAUUGAUAAAUACUAAAGUGCAUAGAGCUGCUGGAAAAAGACCAUACCGACUCCUAACAGGAUAUGCUAUAUUUUCCAUAGUGAGGAAGCUGAAAAUCCUAGAAGAACAUACCAGGGAACUGCACAAAACCUACUCAGCAGCUGAAAUGAGGAUCCAAGGACUGAAAGAGCAGCUAAAAAUAACACAAGAGGCUCUGAAUGAAGACCAUUUCAAUCAACAUCUGAUAGAGGAAGAGAAAGCUCUACUGCUGCAGAUUGAGAUGUGGGACAACAUCCAUGAGAAAAUCCUACGACAAAAAUCCAGAGCCACUUGGAUACAUAGUGGGGACAAGAAUUCUAAAUACUUCUUUGCUCAGUUGAAGUCCAGGCAGUCGAGAAAUACUGUCAAAUGCAUAUUUAAUGAACAGAACCAGAAGCUUACGGAUCCUGCUCUGAUUCAACAAGAAUUCCAGAUUUUUUUUCUGAACUUAUUAGGGCAGGCAGCGCCAGUUAUGCCAGGCAAUAUGGAUGAGGAUGGUAUGCCUAUCCAAAAUCCACCAGUAGCGGUUGGUGAAGAAGCUGCGGGGGCAGGCUAUGCAGCUGCAAUUCAGCCCCCGCCUUUGAUUGGAAACUCGAGCGUUUCAAUGGAAGCAGUCAGGCUACGGCUCUUCCCGUACUCUCUAACGGGGGAAGCCACAGCUUGGCUAGAUGAUCUUCCUUCCGGAUCCAUCACUACUUAG